AUGAUCUUCACCAUCUCCAUCUCCAUCAUCAUCUUCUCUCUCGCAUUCCCAUCAUCAUCUCCCUAUUCACCUCCAACAUCCCAUUAUCAUCUCAUCGCCACCAUGGUCAUGAUCAUCAUCAGUACCAUCAGCAGCAGCAACAACAACGGCACAUACCAGGUCCAACGUCGCUGUACAAGUCGACGCAACAAAGUGAAACUGUCUAUCGUCAAAGACGAGAAGAAACUUCCUUUCUUUGCAAGCAUUCCCCUCUGCAACGUAAAACCUUAUCGCCAGACCUCCAUCACGCCAGACAGGCCCAGCUUUGUCGUCGUCAACAUCUGA